AUGAAGGCGUUUGAGCUUAUUAAGGGCUAUUGGGCGCCUGAGCAGUCGUUUAGCUUCAAAUGUGCCGCGGCGCCGAUUCGCUGUGCCGAGGCGAUGGUUCUCGAGUGGAUGGCGGAGCCUCGUGUGGGCGUGCUCAUGGACCUGGGGAGGAUCAGAUCGCGCCUGCCUGCCAUUCUGGCCGCUACGGAUGCCCCUACAGCUGCACCUGCCCCUACAACAGCUGCUACCGGCGCUGCUUCUAGUGGCACGUGGGCGAGUCGCUGGGCUGCCUACCGCCGUGCUGUCAGCUUCGCUGCCUUCCUGGUGCUUGUGGCGAGGUGCCCGCGUGUUGUGAACCUGAAGAGGGUGUCUAUGUGUAAAAACUCCUCAGCUUAUUCCGCUAUCCUGGCCAAUCUGGGGGCGGGCAGGCAGGCAGAGAAUGACUGCUUGGCUUCCGUGCUGGUGCAGGUGCUGGGGUUGAAGGAGAACGCUGAUCUGCAGGAAGGGUUUGGGUUCUUCGUGCAACAUCUGCUGUCAGGCGGGCUGGAGAAGGCGCAUGCAGAGAGGAGGGGGAAGGGGGGAGCCGGACGGAAGGCUGGUGAGAAGGCGCAGGGGAGGGGGAAGGGGAAAUCCUUGAUGGAGGGUGCUGACAAUGGAGCUGCUGCUGGGGAUGGCGGCAGAGAAGGGAAGAAUGGGCAAUGGAGGGAGAAUCUGAAGGGUCCUGUAUGGGAGGGGUAUGUGGAUGGCAUGGCUUGGAUUCUGCAGCAUGGAGGGGGGGAAGGGAGGGAGUUCCGGUGCAGUCACUGCAGUGAGGGGGGCAGCAGCAGCAGUGGUGGUAGCGUUACUAGCGUGCAGGCGAAUGAUAUUCUCAAGGGCAUGUAUGUGAGUGGGGUAGGCGCUACAGAGUUCGCCCUUGCGUUUGCGACAGAGCUGUCUAAGCCAGAGAACUGUGCAGAUGCGGGUAUGUACAUAUUUGAUGGGAACAACGCAAAUAAGUGCAUUCAUUGCAUGCGCGGCUACACCUACUUCAUCCCUUCCAUCGCCCUCAUCGUCAAGUUCGCCUACCGCCCCUUCGACGUCCUUUUCAACCGCUUUGUAUCGGUCUUCCCGCCCCACUCCUCUGGAUUCAGCUCACUUUUGCAAUUUAUGCGGUUGCCACCGCUACCCCCACGCCCGUCAGCGCAGAUCAACCUCGCAAGGAUGCGCGGUGAGAUAGAGGAGCUGCGCAUUCCCUUCCUGCUGCUCGUGGCCUUCAUGUGGCCGGCUUCCAUUCUGGACAUGGAACAGUUUGAGAGUAAACGGGAGUCGGAGGGGGACGGGCUUCGGGUAAAGACGAAGGUUGAGACGGGGAGGAAGAAAGGGAAGGCUCGGAGAGGGAUGGGAAGGGAAGGGGAGGAGGAGGGGGUUGAGGAGGAAGAGGAUGAUGGGGAGGUGUGGGAGGAGUUGCAGUCGUGGUGCUUCGCCGCGACGGUUGCCUGGCCAUCCAGCUUGCGUGUCAUGUUCAGUAAUCCCGAUGUUGAAUCCGCAGGUUCAGGUCUGAGUGAUGUGUGUAUGGGCAGUGAGGGGCGGCAGAAGAGGAUGGACGUGAAGAAGAGGGUUGCUAAGAUGUUCAGAUCACUUGAGGGCAAGGGGCUGAUGAAAAGAGUGCAACGCCAGGGUGGUGCUGCAGAGAGCAGCAGCACUAGCAGCAGCAGCAGCACUGAUGUAGUACUGGGGAGCUACGUUGCCAAAUACGCUCUGGGCAAUCCCAAGCUUUGUAAGUUUUGUGGCUUCAAGUUUGAGGGCGGAACCGCUCGCUGCGCAGUUCACCUCGCCAAAUGGAAAGGGCAAGAUGGACGCCCUGUCAGGCUUUGCAAGGACGUGUCCCCGAAAGUCCGUGAAGAAGUGCGUGCCAUGUACGAAAACAAGGAGGAAAACAAGAGCAUGAAACGAGGGGCGGCUGCUGCAGCACUCGACUCCGUGCUGGGCGCGGUCACUGCUUGUGCGGAGAAGAAGGGGAAGAUAACAGAAUUAUUCGGCGACGAGGCAACGUGCGCCAAGGAGGACGCGGAUAACGCGCUUUGCCUAAUGAUCUCGGCGCUGAAGCUUCCAGAGCGCAUCGUGGAUGAUCCGGUCUUCCGCUACGCGGUCCAGUGCUUUGCGCGCGCGGGACCGGGGUAUGUUCCCCCCAAGAGGGGCUACGUUGGAGGGGCGGGCUUGAAGAAAGUGCGGCAGAAAAUGGAGGCAGCGCUCGCCCCCGUUGCCGCGAGCUGGAAGCGGGACGGUGUCACCGUGUCGUCGGACAUGAUGACCGACCGUUGUGGCCGCCCGCAGGCCAACAUACUCCUUGUCAACGACUCCGGCGCAGUUUUCGAGCAGGCCGUGGACUGCAACAUGGAGUCGAAGACGGGGGGGUACAUCGCCAGCCUUCUCCGCCCCGUCAUUGAUAAGGUGGGGCCGGAGAAUGUGGUGGCGGUCUGCACCGAUGGCGGCAGCAACUAUGCAUCGGCAGCGCGGAAGAUUGCAGGCACAUGGCCGCACAUUGAGCAUGUGCCAUGUGCCACGCAUGUCCUGGACCUGUUAAUGGAAGAUGUGGGCAAAAUGGGAUGGGCGAAGGGGCUUGUGGAGAAAGGAGGGGAGAUGAUUACCUUCGUGCGCAACCACCACUUCACCCGUGCCUAUAUGAAGAAAGUGGGGGGGAAGCAGGUGCUCAAGCCUGCGGGAACCAGGUUCGGGACACAAUACAUAGCCAUGGCCCGGCUAUGUGAGGUGAGGAGUGGGCUGGCGGCGAUGGUGCUCAGCGACGAGUGGAAGGUGUGGGCAGCGGGGGACAAGGAUAGGAAGACUGCAGCCGAGAAAUUCAGGGCUGCUGUGAUGGAUGAGGAGUGGUGGGGGGUGGCGGAGUUCUUUUCCUCUCUCAUGGCGGUGCCAUUCAAGGCCAUGCGGGCCACGGACUCUUCCGCGAAAGGCAUGAUGGAUAAGCUGCAUGACAUUAUGCUACAGCUUACCGAGGACAUCAAUGACAAGCUCGACGCUUCAGGCGACUUCUUAACUCGGACAGAGAGGGCAGACAUCACCAAGAUUGUGAAGGACAGGUGGGACAACUCCCUUGCCUGCCCCAUGCAUGUGGUUGGCCGGAUCCUGAAUCCGGCCAACCAGGAGGAGGGAAUUUUCAGGAACGAUGUGGAGUGCACGAGGGUGUUCAAGGACUACAUCGAGCGCCACUAUGACCACGUCACCUUCAGGCGCGGCAAGGAUGGUGCCCCUCGCCGCGCCUCCCUUGUGCUGCAGGAGGCAUUGCUGGCCUACAUCAACUUGGAGGGCAGUUUUGGCAAGCUGAGCGCCAUAGCUGCAAGGGAGGCGGUGAAGAAAGGGGAGAUGAGCAUGGUGCAGUGGUGGUCGUGGCACAGCACCGAGUACCCUGAGCUUGCCACCCUCGCAUGCCGGAUUCUCACUCAGCCCGUCUCAGCUUCUUCAUGCGAACGUGGCUGGGCGCAGUGGGAAGACGUCCACACCGCCCGCCGCAACCGCCUCGGGUCCGCCAAGUGUGCGGACCUGGUUUACAUUGCGCACAACUGGAACGUUGUGCGCAAUUGGUACAACAAGGAUGGGGCCAGCACGGUUGUGCCCGGGAACAUUCCGGAUGCCCCUAUCCCCCGCGGCUACAACAUGGACGAGGAGGAGGAGGAUGACCUGCUGGGGGGGGAAGGAGAUGAUGCAGUGCUGGCGGAUGAUGCUGGUGGUGCUGGUGCUGGUGCCAGUGCUGGUGGUGCUGGUGCUGGUGCCAGUGCUGGUGGUGCUGGUGCUGGUGCCAGUGCUGGUGGUGCUGGUGCUGGUGCCAGUGCUGUUGCCAGUGGUGGUGGUGCUGGCGUUGGCGAUGGUGAUAGUGAUGGUGUUGUUGUUGUUACUGGUGGUGGUGAUGAUGGUGCUCGUGGUGCUGGCGAUGGUGCUGGUGCUGCUGCUGGUGCUGCUGGUGAUGGAGGCAAGUGCAUUGGGAAAAAACGCAAGAAGGGGGAGCUGCCGGCUCACCUGAAGCCAUGGCCGGGGGGAGUAAAUCUGGUGGCAUGUUUGCGAGAGAUGCUGCUGGGGGAGCCGUGCUACCGCCCUUCCUCCCCCGCUGCCCCUUCCGCUGCUCCUACUGUUGUGAACACCACUGCUUCAGCGCCAAGCACAGCUUCUUCGGCCUCUUCCACCCCUGCUGCAGCAACUAAUGCUGUUGCCCCAAGCGCUUCUGCAGCGACAGGCACUGCAGCUGCAGCUGCACCCGUUGAGGAUGCAGAGGCCAGUGGUCCCGAUGCUUGCAGGGAGAGUAGGUGCGGUGCUGCGGGGUGUGGGAGGGUGGAGGGUGGUGGUGGUGUGAAGCUGAGGAGCUGCGGUGGGUGUGGCAAGGUGGCGUAUUGCAGCAGAGAGUGCCAAAAGGCGCACUGGCCCUCCCACAAGCUCACAUGCCCGGGCAGGACCAGCGGCCGGGGUGGUGGCAGCAGCAGUGGCAAGGUGGGUGACAAGAUUGUUGGGUAG